UGGUGAUGGAAACGACGAAAGGAAAGUCGCCGGCGCAGGUGGGAGAAGAAGGGGUUAAAGAGAUGAGAGUAAUGGUGGGUAUAGACGAGAGUGACGAGAGUUUCCAUGCACUCCAAUGGACCCUGGACCACGUUUGUGGUAGCAUCACUGCUGCAGCUAACCAGGAUGGUUUGCGGCUCAUGAAACUGAGUCUAGUUCAUGUUCACCAGACUUUCCACCGUCUGUAUGUUCCUGCAGGACCAGGAGGUACAGCAUAUUACAUACCAGCUUCCGUUGAGGAAUCCAUAAAGAAAGGUCAAGAACAGAUUUCCAAAGCAUUACUCUCCCGUGCAUCCAAUCUGUGCAAAGAUAGAACGAAUUUUGAAGUGGAGACUUUGAUAUUUGAAGGGGACCCUAAGGAAAAGAUAUGCCGAGCAACCCAAGAUACGCAUGUCGAUCUUCUUGUGGUCGGCAACCGGAACCUCGGAAAGAUUAAGAGGGCAUUCUUAGGAAGCGUGAGUGACUAUUGUGCACACCAUGCCUUCUGCCCCGUCCUUAUCGUAAAGUCGCCGAAAGAAGCGAGCAAGUGAAAAUGCUAAAAAGCAGCGGUGAAGGACCAGUGGAGUUUUAUUUUCAGUUGUGCCUAUUACGCUUAUUUCCUGUCGUUUCUUAGCCUCAAAUUAAUGAUUGUACAGUAGAAUUUUUCACGGUGAAGGG